UAAUGUUUUCUUCUAUUUUUAAAAGAUAUUUUACAACUACAACCAUGGUCUCUGCUGAAACUACCAAGAAAGUCCAAGACUUGAUCAAGGCCAAGCCUGUUUUCAUUGCUUCUAAGUCUUACUGUCCUUACUGUACCAAGACUAAGAACCUUAUUGGCUCAAUUACCAAGGAUGCUUACAUUCUUGAAUUGGACACCAUCGAAGACGGUGGAGAAAUCCAAGAAGCUCUUCUUCAAUUGACCGGCCAAAGAACCGUUCCAAAUGUUUUCAUUGGUGGUGAACAUAUUGGAGGUAACUCUGAUGUUCAAGCUUUGAACUCUGCUGAUAAGUUGGAACCAAAGAUUAAAGCUCUUUUAUAAACUCAGUUGAAUAUAU